CGUGCCCCGCACAGGCAGGAAGUCAGCUCCAAGCCCUCUGACCUAUCCCUGCAUCAGGCCGUGCUUCAUCCCCCUGAUAACUUCAUGAGGAACAACUGCCUCAGCUCCUCUUCAUCCCCGGCAUCAUGUGGCCCCUGUCUCGGAUUACACUGCAUCCCUGAUUUUUUCGUUUGCAGAGACUCAGGUGAAAUCCUUCAGGGCAGCCAUCCUGAGCAGGCAUCAAGUUUGACAGGGAGAGUUGAACCCGAAGGUUUUUCAGAAAAUCUCAGCUCUGUGUGGCACUCUCCAGGGGGAAUUAUUUUCCACCAGACAGAACAGGGUCAUCAGGAAGAUCAGGGAGGACAGGGCAAGAGUGAUUCUGAUUGCCCCCUUCUGGCCCCGGAGGGCAUGGUUGUCCUGCCUAAGGACCAUGUUAGUAUCGGACCCGUGGGUCCAUCCAGAAGUCCCGGACAUCCUGAUACAGGGUCUGCUGCUACAUCCAGAAGUGUGAAGUCUACACCUGACGGCCUGGUUCUUGAGAGGAUAAUCCUAAAAGCUAACGGCCUUUCAGAAGCAGUGAUUGACACCGUUCAGGCCAGCAGAAAGACUGUAACCACCAAGAGAAAGUUUUUUGAGGUGGUAGGCCUUUCUAAUAUAGACUUUGACAAGGCCAACAGAGCAGCUAUCUUAGACUUUCUUCAAAAGGACCUUGAAAAAGGUUUGAGGGCGACCACUCUAAUGUUACAUUUGUCUGCCUUAGGGGCUCUCUUCAGUCAAAAAAUUGCUGACCACCUGGAUCCUAAGAUUUUUUAGAUCAGUCAACAGGUUGCAAAUGUCAAAAAGUAUUAAGACUCCAGCUUGGGAUUUCUUGGUGGUUCUUAAUGCUUUGAGUAAACAUC